AUGUCUCGGCGCCGUGCCCCCGCUGCAGCCUGGCUCUCACUCAUGCUCCUCGUGGCGACGGUGGUCUCCGCGGCGCCCAGCGUCGAGUCGGCGGGAGGGGCGUCAUCGGCCAGGACGGUGCGGGCGAGGGUGGCGAGCGGAGGCGGCAGCGGCGGCGCCGGAGCCGUCGGCCUCGGCGUCGGCUCGCGGCUGCGAAGGUUCCCGCUGAUGCAAGUGCCGCUGGACAUCAUGGACGACGACGAGGACGCGCUCUUCGAGGCCAACAAGCGCCAGAUGUCGGACGACUACGGACACAUGCGCUUCGGCAAGCGCGGAGGCGGCGACAACGACUUCCCAGAGUACGGACACAUGAGGUUUGGUAGAGCUGCGCAGUAGCUAACUAAGGAUUUAUGUAUUCAGAUACAGUAUUGCCUAAGGGCUGACUUAGGACCGCAGUCUCUUCCGUUACUGUAAGCCACUGUCAUUCUUCCUAAUAAAGUAGAAAAAAGCAAUCAAAUACAGUUUUAAAGAGCAGUUAA